UUGCUGUUGGAACAUUUGGAGUGCUUGGUAGCUCAACACGAACGGUCCCUGCGAAUGACGGUUGUCAAGCGACACACUGGUUCAACAACAAGUAUCCCUGGAGCAAUCUCAGAGGACUACAACUCUUGUACCAGCGGUACUGGCGGCUCUAGUGGCAUCAGUUCCGAGGUGGAGGUUCUGAAAGCCCUAAAAUCCCUUUUCGAGCACCACAAAGCGUUAGACGAGAAGGUACGAGAACGCCUCAAAACGGCUGUGAAUAAGGCGAGUCAGCUGGAACAGGAGCUUUCUGAAUUGCGGGCAGCGGAUGGAGAUAAGUUAAAAGCCUCAUUCUCAGCUGCUGUCGGCGGCGGCGGGAGCGCCUCGAAACGGAGUAUUGCCACCAGCACCGACACAUUCGGAGGACAAGGUAACGUUCCGUAA